AUGUCACUUAUCACGGACAUGCCCCGUCCCUGUGCCAACUCGCGGUCGACUCCGCCACCUAGCCCUGGUGCCUCUACGAUCUCAGACUCGAACUCGCUCGAGGUUGAAUACGCAGAAAUGGCAUUUGCUGCACGGUUUAUCACUGCUGUUGAGACGCUUGUGGGAAACAAGCUAUCCAACAGCAAUCCAGAUGGCACCGAGAAACCUGAAACAAAGGGAGGACAGCCUCAUAUUGGCCGUGGGACAAUUCUUGGUUACAAGCACGUUGAAGAAGCCUGGGAUGAUAAAGCGUUCAAAUACAAGAUCGUUGAAGAUAAUCAAUCCAGCGUCGAAAAUCUCGACCAAUUUGUAUUUGUUGCCAGAGACAGAAUCGAUAGAAGGACACAGGACAAAACAACCUUUAUUGAUGUCAAAUCUGCGGCACUUCGAGAUAUCCUGAGGGAAGCGUGCCGCGAUUUCCGGGGUAUUUCACUUGCUGGUGAUACUCCUUCAAUUGAACAAAAAGUUGUCUUUCACAUUCGAAGUUUCCUGAGGUAUCGGCGCGAUACCAUUGUCGCGGAACAAGAUGCGAUGAGCCAUAGCCAUUUGAAUCUCUUUGUGGAUUACAUUGAGACGGAGUUUCAUUCAAUAGACGAAGAGCUCGCUGGCCUUGUCAUCAAGAAUGAGAUAACCUUUGAUCUUCUUUGGGCUUUGUUUGAGCCGAACGAAAAGGUCUUCACCACUUGUCCCGGCACUGACUCCCCGAGAUGCGUUCUCCACAACUAUUGUGAAGAGGGGGAAGAAAUGGACGGGACCAAAUUCAUGCGCCUUGACACUCGCUUUCUAGGCACAGAUGGGAAGAUUUUCGGUGAAGCAAUCAACAGAAUCAAAAUUCCGCAUUUCCCUGGAGCCAGAAGAAUCGAUUUUCUCCCAGCCUACCCUUUGCGUUACCAUCAUAACUACGAUGAGAUAUUCCGAGAGCUGGUGGAGAAUGGUCAUCGAUUUAUCUCCUUGCAUGGUAGUCAUCAUCUUCAAUACCGAGGAUUCGCCUUCUUUUUUGAUGAUGAGGGCGAGAUCAUGAAGCGCCAUGUUAAUGGGCGGAUCAUGGUGGAUGCGGUCGGCUUCCGGGAGCAUAACCCUGGUCAUCCGCAGCCGACUGUCCGAAAUGUCAACCCCAUACAAGAGACAUCCGGGCCGUCCAACUGGACAGGGUCUUUCAAUUUUCUCAUCUGCGGUCCGACUGUCCUGGGAUUCUGUCUUGGCAGUAAAAAGUUUCUUGAGUUUGCUGUCGCUCAUAUCGGUGUCAUCACGUGGAUGCCGUCGUCCUACGAUGACGUGAAGAUACCCGACGCCCAGAAGAAGGCCAUCUGGGCUCUUACUCACACGUACUUUCCUGGCGAUACUGAGAAUGGCCUCGGGGAUAUCGUACAAGGGAAAGGACGGGGCAUCAACUUUCUGCUAUAUGGGCCGCCCGGCGUUGGCAAGACGUUAACAGCCGAGACGAUUGCGGAGACCCACAAACGACCUCUCUACGUGGUCCCGGCAGGCCAAAUCGGCGUGGACCCGGUACAGGUGGAGAACAUUCUAACAAACACCUUUAAAAUCGCGGGCCGUUGGAAGGCAAUCCUGCUUCUUGAUGAGGCGGAUAUGUUCCUGUCUCAACGAGUGGACAACCCGCAAGUCAACGCCCUUGUCUCCGUAUUUCUUAGAGAGUUGGAACGGUUUGACGGUAUUCUGUUCCUAACCACGAACCGAGUGCAGUCUUUUGACACAGCAAUGAUGAGUAGAAUUCAUCUUGCACUGGAAUACCAACCGCUAGGAAUAGACUCGCGUCGAGCUGUCUGGAAGUAUUUCUUACAGAAGGCCACAACCGAGCGUGGUGCACCGAAUCUUACUGCACUGGUUGAUAGUGUGGCACAUAAGGAGCUCAAUGGCCGUGAAAUUCGAAACAUUGUGCUCGUGGCACAAUCUAUGGCUGUAUAUGAGGGUACAGUUGUCUGCAAAGAUCAUCUCAUGGACUCCAUUACGGCACGAGAACAGUUUCGCGAACACCACCUCGCAGUCGGUGCUUCCGACAACUUGAGAUCUUACUUCUGA